UGCCAUCAGAACAGCCUGCCCCCCCCUCUCAGCCAGUACAUCGCCAACGACAUCUCCGUGCCAACAGAUGGGUUCCCAGGCAGACUCUUCGGCAGAGUUCUGUUCGCCCAGCUUUGACAGGGCGCUGGCCGAACUAGCGAUGCCCGAGCUGGACGAACACGCACCGCCUCCUCUCUGUGACGGCCACGCAUCGUCUAUCCGGUCUUUACCCAAUGACGAGCCUACACCUUCACCAAAUUGGCCCGACGAAGACGAGAUGGCGGCGUUUGACGAGUUCGAGGCCGAGCAGAGCAGGAAACGGAAACGGGAAGAGGAGGGACCAGAGGGGGUCGACGAGCCGCGAGUCGGCGCAACGUCUUCGACCAAGGAUAUCAGCCAGGUCGAUCCCAUGUACGAAGACCACCCGGCUUAUGUAGCGAGCAAAUUUGGAGGUAUAGGUGCGUAUUUGAGGCACAAGAGGGAGAAGCUGCAGAUUCAGAACGCCGCGAUCGCCCAGAGCCAGGGACAAGGCAAGCCUCAGAUCUUCAAAGGCUUAGAGAUCUAUAUCAACGGAUACACGGUACCGCCUCUAGACAAGUUGAGGACCAUGAUCAUGCAACACGGCGGGACCUACAUCCCUUACCUGGACCGCAAGGGCAUGAUUACCCAUAUCCUCGCAACCAAUCUCACCCCAGUCAAGUUCAAAGAGUUUGCCACUUACAAGGUCGCCACCCCGACCUGGAUCGUCGAUAGCGUACAAGCUGGCAAACUGCUAGAUUGGAAGAAAUACAAGUUGAUGCAGAACGGAGGGUCAGCGGAGAGGCAGGGGUUGAGUCAAUUCUUGGCACCUCGGGAAACGCCACAUGGGAAAAAGGAUAAGGGGAAAGGAAGGGAAAUUGUCGACGUGUCCGACAUGGACGUCGAUGAGGAGGGCGUUCUGGGAGGAGUGGCGGAAUCGCCUGCACUGCCCCAGCCUGUGAUGGAAGAGGGUCAUGAUCUCAGGCCGACAGGAAUACCAUUAGCUGGACCUGUCAUGGAGCUCGAGGUUCCUGAUCAGGACCAGACCGAUAUUCGAAAAGCAAGGGAGAUCUUUGCUCCUACAAAAGGUCAAGCCCCGCCCUUGUCGACCGACCCGAUCACCUUUGAAGGAGCCGCCUGGAUGGGCUAUGCCAAGAACGCCGAGAACAAGGAGGCUAAGCGUCUUAUGCAAAACCAAGAGUGGCGAGAACAGAACACGGCCGUCUCGGACAAGUUUCUCGAGGGUUAUUACAAGAAUUCUCGGUUGCAUCAUCUUUCGACCUGGAAAUCCGAGUUGAAGACGUUGGUCGCAGAAGCUCAGAAACGGGCAGAGCAGAGUAGCUCUAUGAAGCAGCUCGCGCCGCGGGCGAGUCAGCGGCAGGCGUACAGCCUAGCUCACGCUGUUUUACCUCGGAUACCAGGACGCGUGGACGCAACCAAGGCGACAACAAGCGCAACCUCGACUAGCAAACGAGUGAUUAUGCACGUCGAUUUCGACGCUUUCUUCGUCUCGUGCGGUCUAGCAACCAGGCCCGAACUGAGGGGAAAAGCGGUCGUUGUCUGCCAUGCUCAAGGCAAUCAAGGGGCAUCGAGUACUUCGGAAAUUGCUUCUUGUUCGUACGAAGCGCGUGCUCAUGGAGUUAAGAACGGCAUGUCUUUGGGACAAGCGAGAGGGCUUUGCGCGGAUAUCAGGACGAUCCCAUAUGAAUUCGACGUAUACCGGGAGAAAUCGUUGCUGUUCUACACCAUCUUGAUGUCAUACGCAGACGAAGUCCAGGCCGUCAGCAUCGACGAGGCGCUGAUCGACGUCACUCAGAGGGUGGCCGAGCUGGAGCAGGCCCCUCCCGAGCUCAACGAGCGAUCAGAUGUUGCGCAAGACUUUGCAAAGCUGCUCGCCGAAGACAUCAGGGCGGAUAUGAGAGAGGCGACCGACUGUGAAGUCAGCAUCGGCGUAGCCGGCAACAUCCUGCUGGCGAGGCUCGCGACUCGGCAUGCAAAACCGGCGGGAUCUUAUCACCUCACACCCGACGAGGUCGAAAGCUUCAUGGCGCCUCUGGACGUAGGCGAACUUCACAAUUUCGGCUACGCAACCAAGAAGAAAAUUGAGUCGACCUUUGGAACCACCUUGUGCGGCGAAUUGACCAAGAAGACGAAAGGGGCCCUGCAAGGUUGUCUGGGCGAGAAGAACGGCCAGACACUGUUCAAUUUUGUCCGUGGCAUCGACCUUCGUCCGUUGACCCCGCAUCAAGAGAGGCGGUCCGUCUCGGCCGAAGUCAACUACGGGAUACGAUUUGUGAACGACGAAGAGGUCAUCAAGUUCCUUACAGACCUAUCGCAGGAAGUUGCUCGUCGUUUACGAGGCAUUGAUCGUUUGGGUCGACAAGCGACACUCAAAAUUAUGGUACGAAACCCCGAUGCGCCGCAGGAAGCCCCAAAGUUCAUGGGUCAUGGCGUCUGCGAUGUUCACAACAAAUCACUACCCAUCAGUGCUUCCACUGGAGCAGCUACAGACGAUGGCAAUCGCAUCGCAUCGGCAAUCGUCAAGAUAUACGAAUCACAAAAGUUCGACGCGAAAGAGUUGAGAGGAAUAGGUAUCCAGGUGCAAAAGCUAGAAUCCCGCAACAACGUGGAAGAAAGGGCUCCCGGCCAGGGUGUCCUCGCCUUUGCAGCCAAGCCCAACCCGAUCAAAAUGGCUCCGGAGCCUGUAGAUCUCACAAUGGAUAGUAGUCCGGUCAUAGCAGGGCCUGCAACUCGCUUAAGAGCACAGGUCAAGCCGAAGCCGGAGCCGAUCCCUAAACCCCUCGUGCGCAAAACCAAGGCCACCUUCAAGGCGGUGGAAAUACUGCCAUCGGACAUAGAUCUUGGGGUAUGGGCUAGUAUGGACACAGCAAUGCAAGACGAAUAUCGAGGUGGAUGGCGAAUGGCAGGGAUCAAGAUUCCAGGUGCCUUCGAGCGUUCGAGGCAACCACAGGCAUCGGUAUCACCAUCGAAGGCACGGCACGCUCACGAGGGCCGUUCGCGCGAGCCCAGCUUGAAUCCUUUGAUAACCAGCAAGACGGACGUGAAUAAGAUCUUGACGGCCUUGAAUUUGGUGGAGGGGGAUCUGGCGGCGAUCGGCAUCAGCCUAGAAGCAUUCGUGGCUUUGGAUUCCGAAACGCGAAAUGACCUCGCACGUGAUAUCAGCCGCAAGAAGAGCCUAUUCCGUCGAGGAUCUGAGACACCUACAAGAUCACCUCAUAAAGUCGUCCCUCACAGAGAUAUCGCAGUCUCUUCACCCAGAAGACCGACUAUACGCAUGGGAUCAUCGGAACCGCAGCAAGAUAUCGACUCGGUGCUUGAUGGCCUCACCGCAUGGAUGGACGUGGCCGCCGAGCGAGAGCCGAAUCCUCGAGAAGUCAAGGUCCUUCGCAAGUAUAUCAGACGAUGUUUGGACCCUGCGAGUUCAAGUCUCGGAGGGCUUCAAGACGCAGAUAGAGUAUUGACAUGGUGGGAAAGACUUUGCAAGCAGAAAUGGUCGGCAGGACAGGACGAAAUCGCAAACAAAUGGUUGGCCUGCCUAGCAGACGCGAGGCGGGAGAUGAAUGAAACCCUGGGAACCAGGUUUGCGGUGAAUCUUGGUCGUAAGCGAUUGUGAUCUCGUCUCGCGUGUCACAUAAUGAUACAAUCACAUUAUGACAUGAUCAUA